UUUCAAUAUCAAGAAACCUGUUUGGUCCAUACCAGAUAAUAUCAAGAUAAGGGCUGACAGGCGUAUUGAACUCGAUGAUGGACAUUGAGCAGGUAGCUUUUCCUAACAACGAUAACACUUGGGUUAUCCAGUCAGCGGUUUAUAAAAACUCGAGGCAAUUUUUAUACCCAUUACUAUAUUUUUGUGGGAUAUCUAAAUCAAUGCUUCUUUGUUCAGGCGGCAUUGGAUUGCAUCUGUUACCGAUCCUCGUGUGUGUUCUCACCUUUGUUGCAGUCACGACUUGUUAUUUCCUCUCUCUUACACAAGACCACAUAUCACCGUAUUUUCCGUACAUCAGUGAUGCUGGUUCAAAGAUCCCAGAAAGUUGUAUUUUCGGUCAAUUAUUAAAUAUUGUUUCAGUUUUGGCAGGUUUAUGCUUCUACUCAUGGCAUAAACAUUUGCUAGAUUGUAGCCAGAAAUUUAAUCAACAAUGUUAUCGUCAAAUUAGAUUGGCUAGAGUUGCUUUAUGUUUUGGUCUUAUAUGUGCAGUUGGUAUGAGUAUAGUAGCCAACUUUCAAGAAACAGCUGUUUGGUCUAUGCAUCUCCUCGGUGCAGGUCUACUUUUUGGUGGUGGUUCGGCGUAUGCACUUGCUGUUACAUAUAUUACAUAUAAAUAUCUUGGACAUAGUCGAAUUCGGAUUACUCGUUUGGUAUUGACAUUCAUUUCUGUUUCUUCAUUUUUAUUACAACCAACAACUGGAUUAGUCGCACGUUUCAUGUAUGAUGGUGAUAAUAUUAGAAAAUGGAAACCAACUGAUCAAGGUUAUUCGUUUCAUGUAGUAAGUAGUAUGUCGGAAUGGAUUACAGCUUUAUCAUUUAUAUGCUUUAUUUUUACACUGGUAUGGGAAUUGAAAGAUUACAAAGUACAUGAAAUAAAGGUACGUCAUUUAUUGUCCCUAAUAACAGUAUUAAUGGGUUUUUUACUGAAACAGUAAUCAAAAAGCUAAAUUCUCUUAAAAUCUUUAGAAGUAGUAUCUGUACGUAAAGAAAUAAUAUAGAGCUGUUUUACUUAAACGUAUAUAUGUUCAGUCAUUUGAAUUAUAUGGAGCAAACCAAGUGAAUAAUUUUUGUCAAUGAUAUUUCUGUUUUAAUUUGUCUUAAACUCUCAAACACAGAAAUAUUUUUAUGGGAUCGAAAUAUAUGACCAACUCAACUAUGCUAGACGAAUACACUGACGAAAUAUAAUGAUACAUUUAUACCCAUAAAACUACAGCUGUAGAGUUUUGUAUGAUUUUAUUGCGAGUAUAGUUUGUACCAAUCACAAAUUAUACAUGUGCAAACACUAUACAUUACAAUUAGUAGGAAUUUAUUCCAUAGCGUCAAUUAGAUUUAUGGAACCUCAUCAAAUUUCACUGAAGAAGGUGGAAUAAAUUUCACUUAAAUAACACGUGAGUCUAGACCUGAGGUUCGUUGUUUAGGGGAAGAAAAAGUGUUUGAAAAUGUUACAUUCAAACUGUGACAUAUCUCAACAGCAAUCAAUCAGACAGGAUGUAAGCAGAAUAAGUUGUAAAAGUCUGCUCCUUUUCAAAAUAUCGUAUAAAUGAUGCUUUUUUUAAAAAAAACUGAAAGUCUCGCGAUCAAACCACAUAUCUUGCACAAUCCGACAUCUUCAAGAAGUCUAGAUGAAAAUGAAUAAAUUUUCUGAAGGUCACAGGAAUUUUUACCAGUUUAUAGACAUGAUCAGUUUGAUAUGGGCAGCAAUGUUGAACAUAAAGGAGCUAUAUAUGAUCUUCGAUUGUUUGAAUUGUUAUGGCUAAAAAUUGUUUAGGUAGUACAUUUUCCACAAGGUAUCAAUUUUCUACCAUUAUUCCUUUGUAAGUGUAUAUCCUGUUAAUGCGUGAAGUGUGUUCAAGGUCAUUUUCAGUGACAGAGCGGAAUGAUUAUAAUAAUCUUAUCAGUAGAGAUAAUAAAAUAAACAAAGCAAGAAGCAACAGUAAUAAUUUCCAUUACAGAUCUAUUGGUAUGCAUGUGCCAUUUUGUUUAGUGAUCCACUGUCCGGGCUAGAUAUUAUUUAAAUUAUUUUAGUAUACCGGGGACGCUGUAAGAUUCUCCGAUACAACACAGCA